AUGAAUAUUAACGGCGCCGGCGUACAAGUUCAAGCUGUAAACCCUACGCGACACGAGAAGGCAAAGUCUGCGGGCGAUCUUCCAAUUCCCUUUACAGUAACAGAUGAUUUGGACGCCAGAGAUGAACUAAGAGAACGGGAGCUAGAAGAAGCUCGAGCAAGAGCUAGCCAAAUGGAAAAGACAAUGCGAUGGUGGUCGGAUUGCACCGCAAACUGGCGAGAAAAAUGGGGUAAAGUUCGCGCCGAGAGAAAUAAAGCAAGGGAGGAAAAUCGACAACUCAAACUCAAGCUUGAGGCCGCCGCGAAAGAAAUCUCAAAUUUGAAACGAGAGAGGCUGGCAGCUCAAGAAACUCAGACGAAACUUCAGAAAGAAGUUGAAAAGCUGGAAAGG